AUGUUAAAUGAAAUUAUUUUCAUUUUAUUUUUAUGCAUCACAACAGUUGUAUCAUUUGGUGAGUCUGGAUUUAAAACUGUUUACAAUUCGAAUAUUCUUUAGAAUGUUAUGAACCAGGAACUCAAGCAAAUAAAACAAUUCGAGGAAUAAAUACAUGUGUUUGCAAAUUCGGAUAUUAUGGAUUCAGAUGUUCUGAAAUCAAUAAAUGUUUAGCUGGAGCUGAACUUUUAGAUAUUGACUGCUUGUUUAUUCUUUCAAAUUUCGAAGAACAACAAAAUAUUGGUUUGGAUAGAUGUAUAAGAUUGCGAAGAAGCCACGUGAAACAAUGUAAUUGUCCAGAUGGUUUUACUGGAGAAACUUGCGAAGUUAUCGUGAAAGAUAAUUUGGAAACAUGGCUACAAGUACAGCAAACAUCACUCGAUGUUUUUCAAAAAUCUGAAGAAUUUCCAUCAGAAGAUAAAAGCAAUAUUGAAUUAAUUAUCAAAAUUUCACAAUUAAUCGCAAUCUUCAUAUUCGCAAUGAUCAAAAAUAUUUCGAAAAUUUUAAUAAUUUUCCUGAUUUGUGUAGCAGUCUGUGUUUUAAACAGACGACGUCCAAAAGUGAAAUUCCAAGCUCUAACGGUGAGUUGUGAAAAAAUUCAAAAUAAAAAUAAAAUUCUGCAGCAAACUCAACGUCACAUUGAACCUCCACCAGCUUACAAUUUAAUUACACAUGUUCGGAACGAACUCGAUGAAAAUGAAAAAACAAAAAUAGAAGUAGAAGAAAUCAUUAUUGUGAAGCAACCUCGACUGCAUGUGUGA